GAUUUCACCGAUCACCGAGUCUUUGAGGGACUAGUGCUACUUCUAUUGAUAUAAUGGGUGAAAAAAGAAGUUGGUCCAAUUCCAUGGCAGUUAGAGAGGCUCGGCUACUGGAUCGGACUUCCAAGGCUCCCUACCCCAUUUUUGGGUCCUUCGAGCAGUACAGUCCUGCUGAAUCAUACUCCAGAGGCUAUAAAAGAAUGAAAAUAUCUGAUGAAAGAAAAGAUUCCAGCAGCAUGUCUUGGAUUGAAAGAUUGCAUGCUAAAACCAAACGGAAGGAUGGAAAGAUCGUAGACUUUUCUGAUCCAUUUGCUUUGCACAAUUUGUUGGAAGGUUUGGACCGAUGCAAAUACGGAAGUGUUACCAAAGAUAUUGAGGAUCUUCUUGCUCGAAAGAUGCAAGUCUUAAGUCCUCUAUUUGCAAGAUAUCCCUUUCUACAAAGAACUGGUUUAGAUACUUCUGGUUCUCUCAAGGGCCAACCUAGAGAGGUUUGUGAGUCGUUGAAUCAGCAACCCCAUCAUGAUAUUAUUGAUCUGGAGGAUGACCACAUAGCAAAUGAUGUUCCAGCGUUUGAAAAUUCAAAACCAUUGCAUGAACAUGGUGGUGAAAGUGCCGUGUGUGUACCUGGUGGUUCCAAUUCCAUAGAGCACAAGCAAACCAAUCUACCUAAGGACCUUCAGAGUCAAUUUGAUCUGCCAAUUGUAAUUCUUGAUUCGGAUGAAGAAGAUGGAGACAGUAUUGGCGCCAGACAUGAUUCUGGUUCAAAAGUUGUUGCUUCUAACUUUGAAACUCCAUUUGGAUCUGAAAAGAAUGGUCUUUGUAAUCUGAGAAAUGGAGUAGCUGUUAUGGCUGCCACCAGCUUAUUGCCAUUGGUGAAUGAGCUUCAGUAUCAAGGGAGAAAUAAUGAGCUGGUGAAUUCAAAACUAGAUCGAAGCAAUGCCGUUGAAGCAAAUAGGAGGCCAUCAUAUCAGUAUCAGGAAGUUGUCUUGAGGAAGGCAGUUGAAGAAAUCCCAUUCAGGGAUCUAUAUGUGAGAGAAUAUGGAGAGGGAAACAUUCCAAAUGGAGAAAGGUCUGGUGGCGACAAAGUUUCUAGAAAAGCACAAGGUGUAUAUGUUGGUGUUCAGGAUGAUACAAUGAUUGAGAAAAGCAAAGUUUCUAGAAAAGAACAAGGUGUAUAUAUUGGUGUUCAGGAUGAUACAACGAUUGAAAAAAGCAAUCAUCAAAGUAAUGAAGAUGAUGGUCUUGGGGAUAUCUGGAGAGAAAUGACAUUUGCAUUGGAAUGUUCCAAGGAUGCUGCUCCUGAUAGUUCAGCUUUUGAACACAGUAAAGGAGGAGAGGAUGAAGAAUGCAAUCAUUCUUUUGUUCUCAAGGAUGAUCUAGGAUAUGUCUGCCGGGUUUGUGGCAUUAUAGAAAGGGGAAUUGAAACAAUAUUUGACUUCCAGUGGAUAAAGGGCACAAAGACUACAAGAACUUACAUCUCUGAAUCUCAGAGUUCCAAGGGCAGACAACAAACUGAGGUUUCCCUUUCUGGACUUGAAGGGUCUCAGGAAGAUCUGACUGUGGCCGAAAUAUCUGUGCAUCCAAGGCAUAGGCAGCAAAUGAAACCCCAUCAAAUUGAGGGUUUCACUUUCUUGCAAAGGAACUUAAUAACAGACAAACCAGGAGGUUGUAUCCUUGCACAUGCUCCUGGAUCUGGGAAAACUUUUAUGAUAAUAAGUUUUAUGCAAAGUUUCCUGGCCAGGUAUCCUCAAGCCAGACCUCUGGUGGUACUACCCAAAGGUAUCCUGUCUACAUGGAGGAAAGAGUUUCAAAGAUGGCAGGUGGAGGACAUACCUUUAUAUGACUUUUAUUCUUCAAAAGCAGAUAAUAGGCAUCAGCAGUUGGAGGUUUUGAAAAUAUGGGUAGAUCAGAAGGGUAUUUUAUUUCUGGGUUACAAGCAGUUUGCAAACAUUGUUUGUGGCAGUGCGACAAGCAAAACUGCAGCUGCUUGUCAUGACAUAUUGCUGAAGGUUCCUACCAUUCUUAUAUUGGAUGAAGGUCAUACGCCAAGGAAUGAAAACACUGAUGUGUUACACUCACUUGCCAAAGUGCAAACGCCAAGAAAAGUGGUUCUUUCAGGCACCUUAUUUCAAAAUCAUGUGAAGGAGGUCUUCAAUAUUUUAAACCUCGUUCGCCCUAAGUUUUUAAAGUUGGAAUCUUCUCGUCCCAUUGUGAAGCGUAUUCUUAGUAGGGUUCACAUAUCAGGUGGAAAGAAGUUAUUUAAAAAUGGUGCGGAAUUAGCAUUUUAUGAGUUGGUUGAGGCCACUUUGCAAAAUGAUGAAGAUUUCAAAAGGAAGGUAACAGUGAUACAAGACCUCCGUGAAAUGACAAACAAUGUUCUUCAUUAUUACAAGGGAGAUUUCUUGGAGGAAUUGCCAGGUCUUGUUGACUUCACUGUACUUUUAAAUCUGACCAGUAAACAGAAGAAUUUAGUAGAAAAAAUGAAGAAUAUGGAAAAAUUCAAGAGAAGUUCUGUGGGGAGUGCUGUUUAUAUGCACCCACGGUUGAAAGAAUUCUCUGAGACUGCAACAGCUGGAGACCGGGGUGGCAACUUCAAUGAUGAGAAGAUUGAUGACUUGUUAGGGAAAAUGGAUUUGAAAGAUGGGGUCAAGACCAGGUUUUUCCUUAAUCUUUUGGGCUUGUGCGAAUCUGCUGGUGAAAAGCUGCUUGUUUUCAGUCAGUAUCUCCUUCCACUGAAAUUCUUGGAGAGAUUGAUAGUGAAGAUAAAGGGUUGGAGCCCUGGGAAGGAAAUUUUUAUGAUCUGUGGUGAUUCUAAUCCUGAACAGAGGGAGUGUUCCAUGGACCGUUUUAACAAUUCCCCUGAUGCCAAGGUUUUCUUUGGUUCAAUCAAGGCAUGUGGUGAGGGGAUCUCCCUUGUUGGGGCAUCUCGUGUGCUGAUUUUGGAUGUUCACCUAAAUCCAUCGGUCACCCGGCAAGCCAUUGGCCGUGCAUUCCGACCAGGCCAAUUGAAGAAGGUUUAUACAUAUAGAUUGAUAGCUGCUGACUCUCCUGAAGAGGAAGGCCAUCUUACGUGCUUUAGGAAAGAAUUAAUUGCAAAGAUGUGGUUUGAAUGGAGUGAAUUCUGUGGUCAUCAAGACUUUGAAAUGGAGGCAAUUGACACAAGGGAAUGCGGCGAUUCGUUCCUCGAAAGCCCUUUGUUGGGUGGAGAUGUAAAGGCUCUGUACAAACGGUGAAAAAAUCAUUUGUCUUAUGGCUGGCCCGGCUGCUGAAGAAGUUGUCAAGCUCUUCUACCCGAUAAGUUUGCAUUUUUCCUCUUUAACUGGAGUAAGUUCAUUUUCUUAUCUGAAAAGAAUAUAGAUGAUGACUGGACUUUGCUCCCUCUGCCCUGGUCUGAUAGUUUGUGGGUCUCUUGUAAUCCAUAACUCAUCCUGUGGUGGCACUCCUGUACAUAGCUAGUUAGGGUAUGUCGUUCCAGCCAAGCCCAAAGAGUAGAACCUCAUUUUAAUGCUUACAACAUUUACUGAUAAUCAAUGACCAGUUUCUGCAAUGGGUGAGGUGUGUAGAAAUGUAGAUACUAGUCCUUGUGCUGUGAACAAAUGUAACUAUCAGAAUUGAAAUCAACUGUUAAAAAUUUUAGCUGGUGAGCCU